GGUGCCUGGGAAGCCGGGCUGCGCUGACGUCACUGGGCGCGCAAUUCGGGCCGGAGCGCUUUAAAAAACAAGCGUGCGAGCGGAGAUGCUGCUCCACACCGAGCAGGCGGCCUGCAGCAGCAACGCUCUCUGCCCCUGCGGCGGCCGCAGCCAGGGCCGCUCCGGAGGCCCGCGUGGCGGCAACGGGCACGGCCCGGCCCCGCGGCGCUUAUCCUCGGUGCCCCCGCCGUGGGGCAGGAGCGCGGCGCCCAGCGCUGCAGGCGAGCGCUAAGCGGCCGAGGCCCGCGGCACCCCGGACGCUGCCCUCCGACCGCGGCUCGCUCCCGGCCCCCCGCCCGGGCACCAUGGACACCUCCCCGGUCGGCGUGCUCCUGUCCUUGCCGGUCCUGCUGCAGCUGGCGGCCGUGGGCGGUUCGCCGAGGCCCGGCGCGCUGCUGCGGGGGUGCCCCGCGCACUGUCAGUGCGAGCCCGACGGCAGGAUGCUGCUCAGGGUGGACUGCUCGGACCUGGGGCUCUCGGAGCUGCCCGCCAACCUCAGCGUCUUCACCUCCUACCUAGACCUCAGUAUGAACAACAUCAGUCAGCUGCCCCCGAAUCCCCUGUACAGUCUCCGCUUCCUGGAGGAGUUACGUCUUGCCGGAAAUGCUUUGACAUACAUUCCCAAGGGAGCAUUCGCUGGCCUUUACAGUCUUAAAGUUCUUAUGCUGCAGAAUAAUCACCUAAGACAGGUACCGACGGAAGCUCUGCAGAAUUUGCGAAGCCUUCAGUCCCUGCGUCUGGAUGCCAACCACAUCAGCUACGUCCCCCCGAGCUGCUUCCGUGGCCUGCAUUCCCUGAGGCACUUGUGGCUGGAUGACAACUCCUUGACAGAAGUCCCUGUCCAGGCUUUCAGAAGUUUAUCAGCACUGCAGGCCAUGACCUUGGCCCUGAACAAAAUACACCACAUACCAGACUAUGCCUUUGGAAACCUCUCCAGCUUGGUAGUUCUGCAUCUCCAUAACAAUAGAAUUCACUCCCUGGGAAAGAAAUGCUUUGAUGGGCUCCACAGCCUAGAGACUUUAGAUUUAAAUUAUAAUAAUCUUGAUGAAUUCCCCACUGCCAUCAGGACACUCUCCAACCUUAAAGAACUACAUUUCUAUGACAACCCCAUCCAGCUUGUUGGAAGAUCCGCUUUUCAACAUUUACCUGAACUAAGAACGCUGACUCUGAAUGGCGCCUCACAAAUAACUGAAUUUCCUGAUUUAACUGGAACUGCGAGCCUGGAGAGUCUGACUUUAACUGGAGCCCAGAUCUCAUCUCUUCCUCAAACCGCCUGUGAUCAGUUACCUAAUCUGCAAGUGCUAGAUCUAUCUUACAACCUGCUAGAAGAUUUACCCAGUUUCUCAGUCUGCCAAAAGCUUCAGAAAAUAGACCUGCGACAUAAUGAAAUCUAUGAAAUUAAAGUUGACACAUUCCAGCAGCUGCUUGGUCUCCGAGCCCUGAAUUUAGCCUGGAACAAAAUUGCCAUCAUUCAUCCCAAUGCAUUUUCCACUUUGCCAUCUCUAAGAAAGCUGGACCUAUCCUCCAACCGCCUGUCGUCUCUUCCUGUAACAGGGUUACAUGGUUUAACUCACUUAAAAUUAACAGGAAAUCAUGCCUUACAGAGCUUGAUAUCAUCUGAAAACUUUCCAGAACUCAAGGUUAUAGAAAUGCCUUAUGCUUACCAGUGUUGUGCAUUUGGAGUGUGUGAGAAUGUCUAUAAAAUAUCUAAUCAAUGGAAUAAAGAGGACAACCGCAGUACAGAUGACCUUUAUAAGAAAGAUGCUGGAAUGUCUCAAGUUCAAGAUGAGCGUGAUCUUGAAGAUUUCCUGCUGGACUUUGAGGAAGACCUGAAAGCCCUUCAUUCGGCACAAUGCUCACCUUCCCCAGGGCCCUUCAAACUCUGCGAAUACCUGUUUGGUAGCUGGCUGAUCAGAAUUGGAGUGUGGACCAUAGCCGUCUUGGCGCUUACUUGCAAUGCCUUGGUGACCUCAACGGUGUUCAGAGCCCCUCUGUACAUUUCCUCCAUAAAACUGUUGAUUGGGUUAAUAGCAGCAGUGAACAUGCUCAUGGGGGUCUCCAGCGCUGUGCUGGCUGGUGUGGAUGCGUUCACUUUUGGCCGCUUUGCACAGCAUGGGGCAUGGUGGGAGCAGGGCGUCGGGUGUCAGGUCGUCGGGUUUUUGUCCAUUUUUGCUUCGGAAUCAUCUGUUUUCCUGCUUACCCUGGCAGCCCUGGAGCGUGGGUUCUCUGUGAAAUGUUCUGCAAAACUUGAAAGGAAAACUCCUUUCUCCAGUCUGAAAGCGAUCAUUCUGCUCUGUGCGGUGCUGGCCUUGACCAUCGCCACGGUUCCGCUGCUGGGGGGCAGUGAGUUCAGCGCCUCCCCACUCUGCCUGCCCCUGCCCUUUGGCGAUCCCAGCACCGCAGGCUACAUGGUCGCACUCGUCUUGCUCAACUCCCUUUGCUUCCUGGUGAUGACGAUUGCCUACACCAAGCUCUACUGCAAUUUGGAAAAGGGAGACCUGGAGAAUAUGUGGGACUGUUCUAUGGUGAAGCACAUCGCUCUGUUGCUCUUCACCAACUGUAUCCUUUACUGCCCCGUGGCUUUCUUGUCCUUCUCCUCCUUACUAAACCUCACCUUUAUCAGUCCCGAAGUAAUUAAGUUUAUCCUUCUGGUGAUUGUCCCGCUUCCUGCAUGCCUCAAUCCCCUUCUCUACAUCCUCUUCAAUCCCCAUUUUAAGGAAGAUCUGGGGAGCCUGGGAAAGCAAACCCACUUCUGGACAAGAUCGAGAAACCCAAGCCUGAUGUCUAUUAACUCUGAUGAUGUCGAGAAGCAGUCCUGUGACUCAACCCAAGCCUUGGUAACCUUCACCAGCACCAGCAUCGGCUAUGACCUGCCUUCCAAUUCUGUGUCACCACCAGCUUACCCGGUGACCGAAAGCUGUCACCUUUCAUCUGUGGCAUUUGUCCCAUGUCUCUAAUUCACCUGUGGGAGAAAACGUUUGCAAACAUUGAAAAACCAAAAAUAUGAGAUUGGGUACAUCAGAGCAGUAACUAAAAAUAGCCAAGUGGAAACUUUGUUUUUGAUAUCUCUCAGCGUGGAAAAAGCUGGAAAACCUAUUGAUACUGGAAAGUGAAAACUAAGUCUAAAUGCUGCUUCUAUAAUUCAUUCAGAUACAAGAGAUAGAUCAGUCACACUAUUUAGGUAUGCCCAGAUUUUAAAAAGCAGAUUUGCAAUGUUCAAAAAAGAUCCCCCAUGAUUUCAACUGAAUUCUUUUUAAACUCACCAAUCUAAUUAUUUGGGGAGAGGGGCAGAACUACUUGCUUACAAAAGAGGUUUUAAACCAGAAAAGCCCUUAAAAGAUGGUUAGAGGUGUUUGGAAAAUAGGGUUUUAAAUGGCCUACAUUACCAAGUAAAGGCUGUGACCAGUAGGAUUGCAUUUUAAUGACCAUGUGGAUGUUUUAGUCCUCCUUUGCCUUUCCUCACAAAGGAUCCUUCCAGGUCACCAAUCCCCUCCUGAAUGGAUAAUGUGGGGCCUUCUUAGUUAUAGUCCUAUCAUUUUUAGAGAUGCCAGAAUUUGUGUAUCAGCAUGAGAUGGUUCCACCUCAGUGAAGUAAAACUGUCUACAAAUAUUUUGAAAGGAAAAUAAACUUAAAUCCUUAAAUUGCCAUGAAGGCGAUCAUGUAGAAGUGAGGUUUGCUUUGUUUAAUUCCUUGUUAACUCCUUGCUGUCCAGCACUCAGAAUAAAAGUCCAUUGCCGGCAAUGGAUAUACCUAGAAAAGAUGGUGAGCAACCUGGGAGGAUUUUGGUGUUUUUUGUUUGCUUGUUUGUUUUCAAGUGAGUGCACACUUUUUGCAGGUGGUUUUAUCAGUUGAUUCAAACUAAUGUGCAUCUUAAGGAAAUAAUCAAAUGCAGACCGACAUAAAUGAAACCCACUGGCAUAAUAACUUCUCACAUGUGUAUCUCUAGUAGCUCUAGCAAUGAUGUCUGAAACCACUUUGGACUCAACAGGGACUUGUAACAUAUCCUGUUUAUUUAGCUUGGUUUUAGCUGUGUUGUCUCUGGACCAACCCACUUGAUGUCAGGAACAUGACUUCUCUGCUUAUUCCGUAUGUAAUACAUGUGUUAAGUAUUUUAAGAAGCAAAAUUAUUAAAUACUAAAGGUCAAAGGAUUAAUUUGUAACUUCUAUUAUACUACAUUAGCUUCAAUACAUCUAAACCAAAAGACUGCUAAGUAGAUUUAUUUUUAUAUAAGCAUGUUUAUUUUGAUCAGAUGUUUUAACUUGGAAUUGAAAAAAAAUACAUUUAUGAGAUGUUUUAUAAGAUGUGUAAAUAUAGAACUGUAUUUAUUACUACAAUAAAGAUUCAGUAACACUAAGGACCAUGAUGAUAAUAAACCAUGUACAGUGGCAUAUUCUUCCGUAUAUAUUGUGUUUCUCUGCCCAUUUUCUUUAAAUUCAUUAACUGUACAUAAUAUGUGUAAAUGUAUAGUACUUGUAAAUAGAUUCCAAACUUGCUUUUCUAUUGGGUACAAAAUAAAAGAAAUUUGUAAUAAAAUGUGUGACUAUAAAACAAAAUAUCUUCAGCUCUUUUAUUGAACCCACAGGCAAAUCUAUGGUCUCCUAAAUGUUUUUUAUUUCUGAUGUGUAAGUACAUUUGCUAUUGAAGUAUUUGCACCUUAAUAUUUUAGGUAUUUUGGACGUAUCUUAAGAAGUAAACCCUUCACAAGAACAAAUCAAGGUAUCUUUACCAACUCCCGGAUUGUGUUAAGUAGGGCUAAUAAGCCAUUUUGUCAUGGCAAAUGACUUGGUAAAGUUUAUUGUCCCCAGUGAGGGUUUGGAUUUCAUAGCCAGAACCCAUUUCUUUAGCAAUGUAAAAAGAAAAAAAAAAAAAAUUCCACAACUAGAAAGAAAUAUAUAAAUAACAAAUCAAUCUUAAAAUUAUUCAACAUGAACAUGAGUUUUCUAUAAAUUCUUCCCUUAAAAAAAACAUAUUUCAUGACCACGUCAAGGCCAAAACGUUUUCUAAGGACAUGCGAUUCUCAGGGCAUAAGGAAAUGCACUGUUCCCUUGAGCUCCCAUCCCCCAAAAUAUAAGAAAUGAAAUGAUUUUCCCAACAUCUUGUGCCAAACCCUCCCAGCUGCAGUAGUGAUUCCUGCUGUCCCCAUACAGGUCGCAAAACAAAACUGUCAAGUCUGGUUGGAGGCCCAGCAUUAUUGCUAAGAUGACCCAUGUUUACUGAGCACCCUCAGGGUAGCUGGCACUGAGUUCGCCACCCAUCCAGCAGCUAGAACCAUAUGCUUCAACCUAACCGAGUUAACAGGCAUCCAAUGGUGUCUUCUGUGCGGCCCGCACUUGGUUUGUCUUCAGCUGAAACAAGGGCGCCAACAUGAUCUCACUCCUCCGACCCCAGACGGCAGAUACAAAAGUUGCUUCUAGAAAAAUGGAUCUCAGUCCUCCUUCUCAACAGACUUGCUUUUGGGUACCUAAAGUUAGGAACAAGUCCUGGCAGCCCACCUCUUUCUGUCCCACUCAAGAAAACACAAGUCAGUGAUGUAACUUUUUAAAAGGGGAAAAAAUCCACUCCCGCAUUUUUAAAAAUCCACAAACUCUAUUACUGUAUUAGCAAAACCUAGUUAUAAUACACCUCCCACCCAACACUGCUCUAAUAAGUGUCUGAUAAAUGCUCUCCACUAUACUACAGUAAAUCGGAUUGGCUGGAAUUACAUCCACAAAUAAAUCAACCUACAGGGAGAAGAAGAAAAGAUACAAUAAACUCGACAGACGGAACAACAGCAAAAACAAAAACCGGUGGCUAGCCUAGAGUAAGUGGUUAACUUGACGUUUUCAAAAUAGAUUUAUUCAUUCAACAAAUACUGUGUGCCUAGUAUGGGCAGUGUUCUAUAUUUGGGGGUUUCUAUGCAGAGCACGGUCUGGAAUUUGUACUCCAGAGGAGGAGAGAUAGACAAUAAGCAAAUACAAACCAGGAAAUACGUGAUAGAAACAUGAAUGAAGGAAAGGAAGCUUGAAGAGCAUGGCAAGAGUGACCAGCAUGUUACUUCAGAGGCAGAGCUGAAGAAAGGUCUCUCUGGGGCGCCUGGGUGGCUCAGUUGGUUGGGCGACUGCCUUCGGCUCAGGUCAUGAUCCUGGAGUCCCGGGAUC